GGUGAUAUACGCGAGGCAUUUGUGUAGUAAAUGUAACGCUGACAGGCUUUAAAAUCCGCUUCGUAUGUCGCUAUUUACAAGGGAUAUUUGUUUAUUUUCUAACAACUGGCCUCGCGCACAAUGUUUCUUCUGAAGCUUUGCUUGAUUUCUUUAACGCACGUCGUUUUGGCCGAGACUAACUCAAAAGCGGUAGAGUUUACAACGGAAUUCAACAACCGUGCUUUGUUGGAGAGGAACAAACUUGAGAUCGCGAGCUGGAGAUACUCUUGUAAUGUGUCAUCGGCCGAAGCAGCAGAGGAGAAGAAAGCUGUAACUUUGGCGUUCGAGGAAUUUCUAGAACAAGAAAGAAAAAAGGCCGAGGAGUUCAUCAGCAACGAGGAGUUGUCUGAGGAUCUUCAACGCCAAAUUAAGUUAAUUCGCGUCUCAGCGACUUUGAAAAAUCUACAGAAACGUAGAAGACUCACUGAGAUUAAGAUACAAAUGCAAAAAAUAUAUAGCGCUUCCCAAGUUUAUGAUUAUGCGACAAAAAAGAAUCUAUCACUUUCCCCAGAUUUAACAAAUAUCAUGGCUAAUUCUUCGAGUUAUACGACGUUGCUGUAUGCGUGGUUAGACUGGCGUAACACGGUCGGCCCCAAAUUGCGACCUCUUUUCGAAGAAUACGUCAACCUUACAAAUGAAGGUGCAAGAGACAACGGUUAUACCAAUUAUGGAGUUUUUUGGCGAGCACCUUACGAGGUUAAGGAUCUUCCAGGGCUCGUGAAAUCUCUUUGGAAAGAUUUGGAGCCGUUUUAUCAAGAACUACACGCUUACGUGCGUUCGCAGCUUGCGAGAAGUUAUCCCCAUGUGCGAGAGAACGAUGCGAUCCCUGCUCACCUGCUUGGUAACAUGUGGGCACAGAAUUGGGUUGCAAUUUACCCGUUGGUCGAGCCCUAUAAAGACAGAUCAAGCCUGGAUGUCACCCAGUCUAUGCGAAAAAAGAAUUUCAAAGUGGAAGACAUGUUUAAUUUAACCGAGAAGUUUUUCCUAUCUCUCGGAAUGGAGAAACUGCCCAAGACAUUUCUGCAAAUGUCCAUGAUUAGAAAACCCAAAGGACGGGAUGUCGAGUGUCAUCCCUCUGCCUAUGACAUGUACAGCAAAACAGAGGACGGUGAAAAAGACGUGAGGUAGGUUGGGAUUUUAAUUUUCAGUCGCUUGAAGGCGCGUUUCCAGUGCGUGACAGUCACGCCAUCCUGUAUUAUUAAGAGAGGAACGUGCUAUUUCUUACGGAGGAAGCACGAGUUUUAAGAAAGCGAAUUCCGUUAGAUUGAGUGAUUUUUGUUUUUCUUAUCGUAGUAGCCAUUUUCUCCUCUUAGAGUGGGGAGAUUCAGCCCUCCUUCAAACGCAACUGCGUGUGCUCGCCGCUCGCUCGCGCGUUUUCUCGCGAACUCGCUUCGCCUGCCAUAAAUGGAGAGCUUGCCAGCUAAAGGCUAUAAAUAUCGUUGUUUCUUUUCAAUUCUUCUCUCUUUUAUUUUGUUGUUGUUGUUAUUUUUUAAUAACAACAACUUGUUACCUUUUUUAUCUUAACAAAUUACCGAUGGUCGCGACUCGCGACGCGCUCAUCCAAGGUAUUUCGAGAACAAACUUCUAAGAUCAAGAACCUGUAUGAAGUGUCAUGUCAAUGAUCAACUUCCUGUCUUUCAUAGAAGAUUUAUAUUUUGCAAAAAUAAAGAGUCCAUAUUCACCGAAAUCUUACCGGACUCUUAUCGGCAAUCUUGCAUUAAAGGGUCAUACUUUGAAAUUCAUUCUAGAACUCUUCAUCGAGUUGCUUAAUACAUUCCUUUCUGUUUGGUCAUCGCGAAUGAACGCAUUUGGGAUAUGAUAACCACGCCAUUGACAGAUUUAUUUCCUGUUUCCUACUACGUAGAAUAAAAGAGAUGCGUAAAAGAUAACACUUUCUUUCCCGUGAGUUUCAAGCACCAAUUACACAUUAUAAACUAGAAAUAGCUGGCGCUAGAGUGCCAACGAGUAAAAACGGCGACAGUUGCUUGCCGAAUGAAAAUGAAGAAGUAACCAGACUACAGAACAUUUUUUUCAAAUUGAAUGAUUGUUUAAAAAAGCAUUGCAAAACGCACAUGCUAUUCUUUGUUGUUUAGAAUGUCCGUAAGAACUAAACUUGUAAGGCAGAUUAGAGCUGAAAUAUAUGUAGCCCUUGCAUUACCUGAGACAAAUGAGCAUGAAUUGAAAUGUGUCAAAUGUCUUUAAUACCAAAACUUGUAACGUAAAUUACAAAUGCAAAUCUGAGAUGCUUUUCUUCGUCUUUUAGAAUGUUUUUAAAAACGAAACUUGUAAAGUAGAUUCCAAAUGCAAAUCCUUGUUUUUUGAAAUGUCUUUAAGAACUGAACUUGUAACAGAGAUAAAAAAUGCAUAUCUCACAUGAUUUCUUUGUUUUUUAAAAUGUUUCAUGUUCGUGUUUUAACAUGAUUUUAGAAGGCAACUUUGAACGUAGUUUACAUAGUAAGUAGUUUCAUGCCAAGAUAGCCCAUUAAUCAAUCGUUCCAUAGUGUCAUUGCGCCAGUCCAUUUGAAAGAGAUGUCACCUGGGUUAUGGUGUUUUUGUUCACAUUAUAGGUGAAGUGGAUAUCCUUGAGGUCCAUAAGGUGGUCUUCAAUAGAUUCUGAGUCACUCAUAAGGGAAAGCUCUGGAGACAGAGCCAGAAGACUUUCAAUUUCUUUUGUGAACGCUGUCAGCCAUAUUUCCUUUCCAGCUAUUUCUACUUUGACUUGCACAGAUGCAUCUCUCUUGCAUUCGCCUUGACGCUGCCUUACUCCGCAGUUCCUGCAUUUUAUGUACUUCUGAUGGGCACUCUCUGUUAUCUUCCUCUUACAAGCUUGACAAGCAACGAAUAUGCUUAGGUUGUUAAGAAACUUGAACAUCUCGACUUUAACUUCUUUUCUGGGUUUUCCAGUAGUGUAGGCCCUUGCACAGACUUAAGUUGUUUGCUGGCUUCCUUGAAGGUAGUUGCUGGUGUCGUUGCUAAGUGGGUGCUUCCUUUGAAGUGCUUGACGUUCAGGUUUUGGAAUUCAUAUGUUGUCCCAUUUUUCACGUUGUUGAUGAGCUCAUCCCAAAUGUGAAUUUCAGCUGUACCUGUCUCAUCUUCUAAGACACAAUCCUCUUUGACGAGCGUCAUCUUUUGUGUGGAUUUCACUUCAACCGGCUUAGGUUGUUCACUGCCCAAUGAAAUCGUUGCUGUGACGUUGACCUUCUGGUUUAUCUUUAGAGUUGGUACCUGUUCCAGAGUGAUCGUAGUAGCAGGUUGCACUGAAGAGGAGGAUGACUCAGAUGCAGCAAUGUCUGGAGAAUAAUCAAAGUCAAUGUCGAACGCUGGUGCAGACCUUACAAUUGACUGUUGGUUGAAGAUAAUGUCCUUGUUCGAAUCAUUCUUCUUAGUAUUUGACAGCAGCACAGGGUUUUUGAUUUGUUAUGUCCACUGAAGGUUGAGUGGCUUGGGAUAUUAAAUCCAACUACUCGCUGUACUUUGGAAGGACUUGUUUGCAGAUGAAACUCAAACCAAUCCGUUCUCUUUGAGCGUUUUACAGGGCUUAAAUUAUGUAUAAAGCCACAGAGUGAUUCUAAGGAAAAAAAUCAAAAGAUUCAUGUUAAAUAGGCAACAAAUCACUGUAGUCUCUGUGUUUAGUACCUAUUCACCAUUUUCCUUGCAUUCUGAUCUACUGUUCUUCCCCCAUAAUCAUAAUACGUACCCGAGUUAAGGUCUGGCUCACGCUUUGACAUUCUUUCCACAAAGAAUCUGUAACAAAAAAAAAAAAUUCUAAAUAAAGGUUAUGUACAUUGUAGCAGUUUUCCACUCAAUUUAUGCCAUUAUUUCAAGUUAAAAUCUGUAUCCUUUACAUUAUCUUGAAUCAAGGCUCACAUCUGGUUAAUCAAACUCUAAUUGUUAAAAGUGGUUUUAUCUGGUUUGGAUGUUUAAUAUAUUUAGGGCAAUAGGAUUCUACAAUAAACUGUCCAAAGUAUCUUGGGCUAAACCAUCUAGCCGCUCUUCUUCUUUAAGUCUGUAAUUUAAAUUGCACAUUUUUUUUUUUGGGUGCUUGCAGUCUAUCCAGGGUCAUGGGUUCUACCAUUAGGUCUUCAAGUUUCUUAACUCUACUUAGUGCAACAUAUGUCAUUCCUGAAGAUUUUUCUGAAGGACCAAGAUCAACCCAGGCUUUCUUUAGCGUUAAACCUUGACUCUUGUGUAUAGUGAUUGCCCAUGCUAACUUUAGGGGUAAUUGCUGUCUUUCACAUUUUUGACCUAGGUUUUGAGAAACCUGUGUUAUUGGACAAAUUGGAACACAUCUUGGAAAUCUAGCAGAAAGAGUAGGGCCAUUAUAAUCGUCGUCAAACUGUACAAGAACACAAAUUGGUAGCGUCGGGGAGUCUGGUCAUGUGGAUAAACAAAAUCUAAUACUGUCCCUAGGGCUCCAUUACAAAGUCCAACUUCAGUCCAGAUGUUCAUAGUGAGCAUUACUCUCGCUCCUUUUGCUAAGUAAAUCACAGGCUCUAGGCCUCCCAUUUCAUCUGAGCUAAGGUUCUGAGCACCACCAGAGUGACGAGCUUUUAUAGUUGCUAUUGGUUGAUUAAGAGCUUUUAACUUGGCUAUGUUUAUCUCUGCAACACUAGACUUGAGAUAGGAUAGUCUUAUUGAUGACAUUUCAAAUUCCUGGAUAUUUGAUACACGGUCUGGAGUUCUUGACAGUAAUGUAUGCCAAUCAGCUGGUGUGGAUUCACCAUUACGUGCUCUGAGAAGAAGAUCCCUAAAAAGGUGCUGCUCACUACUGUUACCAUCAACUCUGUGGUUAACUGUCAAUGCAACUACUUUGUUAAACUGUUGAUACAUGAGAUGACCCUGAAUCUGCUUAUCUGUUUUGGGCAUUGAAUGGUAAAGUGGUUUAUCACCAACAGGGGUAACUGUGCUAUAUCACCCACAACAAUAACCGAAAGACCACCAAAACUCUGAUUUGCCAGGCCUGUAGCUUGUCGGCAUCUAGAAUCUAUCCAGCCAAGCAAACUCUGACCAACCAAAGAGUAUUCAUCUAUUAUCAAAUACCGAAGAUUUUCUACAUUACUUUGAAGCUGUUGUAGUGCUAUUCCUUUUAGUUCAGUGAGUCUUUUUUGAGCCAAUUGGCAAUUUGAGAAAUGAAUGCAAAGUUACACCAUUCACAUUAAAAGAUGCUUUUCCAGUGUACGCUAGCACCUUGCAUUGUGUUUGGAGUACAUUUCUAAUGGCGUCAAUGAGAUAGCUUUUCCCUGACCCUGCAAUACCUUUAAUUAGGAGAAGUAUAGGUUCUUUGUCACUUCUGUUAAAGUGAUCACAAACUACGUUGUAUGCCAAUCUUUGGUUUGUACUAAAGCUUGAAAUAUCUACUAUCCUUGUUGGCAUUUGCCACUGAGGAUUAUUCAUAGAUUUUUGAUUCGCUAACCAAGAUACUACAGAAUUUAGUUGCUCUUCAUCAAAGUGUUCAGUAACAUUGUGCCAAUAUCCCUCAGGAGCUAAGACAGAACUUUGUGCAUCAUUAGUAAUGUUUUGAAUAUUCAACUCAGACAUUAACAUCCAUUCUUCCUUUUCCUCUUCUUCAUCAUUUUCUGUUGUAAAAUUGUCAGUUUCUAGCUUAAUAGAUUCCUUUAAGGCUUGUAACUUGAUUUCCCAGUCAGGAACUACAGCCUUUCCAUUGUUACUACAGAGAAAAUUCAUCCAACAUGUUUUGAAUGUUUCAUUACAGUGUUCAGCAUUACUCCAGGCAUCAUCUGGUGUAUGCUCCCAAGGUUUAUACUUAAGUAGUUGAUAUUUACAAAAAAGCCCAUAAUGCUGAUUUUGAGGAUUUGAUGAAUAGUUUGGAUAUGUUUUAACAAUUACUGGUCGUUUUCUUUUCUCUAGUUUUGAACCUUUAUUAAUAUAUGUAGAUGUAAACUGUACAAAGUUGCAUUCUAGUAUACUUGGAAAUGUUUUCAUGUAUUUCCUUCGCUCAGCAUAUAUAUCGAGCAUGGAUGGGGCAGUACAAUAUUCCUUAUCUCUUACAAUUUGAAUUCUUCUUGAGCCAUCUAGAGAUGCAUUUAUUACUUCAUAAGUAGCACUUACACACUUAAGAGAGAGUAAAUGAUGCAUGACCUCUUGAAUUGAAUAGUCCCUUUGUCCUACAGAUUUGAUCAUUAUCUGCUUAAAUGUGUUAUGAAUGUCACUUGUGUCUGAAAGCUUCUGAACAAUAGUGGUGAAUGCAUUAUUAACAACGGAAGAUGCUUUUUCCCCUUUGGAUGUGUACUUAACAAGAUAUUCUAAACAUGCCUGGUAAUCCACAAUAAUUUGGAUAUCACAAUUUGCCCUCCAUCCUUGAAGCUGCAAUGGUUGAUGACGAUUUAAUCUUGAGUCAUUUCGUUUAGUAACAAUAACUGCUUUAUACUUUGGUUGACCUGAUUUUGUAUGGACAGGUUCAAAAUCUAUCCUUGUUUUUUUACAGUUAUCAAAUGGAAAAUUAAACCUGCAGCAUAAUUCGCAACCGUCUUUUUUCCCUAAGGCAAUACUUAGUACUACACAACGUAUGCCUUUGAACAGAAUUCAAUAGAUUCACAUAGUCAUCUUCCAUUUUCUUCUUUUUAAGGAAAGAUAUGGUGUUUGACAUGGAUGAGAAUUUGGCUUGGACCAACCUUCAUCUGGAGAACAAGGAUUCCAUGUCGUUAAUAAAAAUUGACAUAUUGGCAAACAGUUGCCUCAGCAUUUUCCCCCCUUUUCUCCUUAUUUUUCAGUUCUUGUAGUUCUUCAAUUGAUAUAUUUGCUUGGUGUUCUUUGAUAUAUUUUGAUGCCAAAAAACCCUGCAGUGCAACUGCUGUAAGUUCACAAAGCCCUGGAUCAUUCUGCAAUUUUGCAACUCCGUGACAAUGAAUCGAUCCCCUCUGAACAGCAUAUUCAUAUCGGUACCAAUACCAAGAUGCCUGUAAUGAUUUAUUCAGCCAAAACUUCACAAACCGAUCAGUUCGCUCAGUGAAAAACCAGUCAAUGAGAUGUGGAUUGUCAAUAACAUGUUUCUGUCUCAAUUUUGGUGUGAUAUCUCCACAGUGGUCAUUACUUAGAAGAUUAUGAAAUUCUGGCCAAUGGUACUCUGCACAAGACAAGGUAAAAAAAAUUGUAGGAGGUCCUACUUGAGCAACGGUAGCCCUUAAAUCCUCUUUUGCUUUGUGCCAAUAGCUAUUGCUACCAGUUAUAUUUUUAGCAUAAUGCAUAAGUUUAGACAUUAAAGUUGAAUGAUUAUUUGACUGAAGCAUCUGUUUAAGUUGUUCCACAGUUAGUUUUGCAUCGCUAGGGUUUUGUUUCAAAAAAAUACUCCCUUGACUAAGAAGUCUAUGCCUCUGAAUCAUAUUAAAAGCCCAAUAUGCAAAUCGUGGAUGGCUUGCAAACCUAUAAGUCCACUCAUCAUUAGAAUAUUCAGCAAAUUUAAUUAGAUGCUUUAUUUUCUCUCCUAAAGUUGCACCCCGCUUUAUAGCAGUGUUUGUAGGGUCUCCUUUAGCAUCAGGAAAUAGGGUGGGAAAUGCCAUUGUUGCUAGAAAUUCGAUCUUAAAUUCAUUCAGAGGGCUUGCGUCUCUGUGUGGCCAAUUUAAUUUAUGCUUUUGCAAUAACUGAUCUGUAAUAAGUUGCUUUUGAGGCUUUAAGGUUACUGGAUUAAGGAUUGUGCUGCUUAAUUCUGUCUCUUCAUUGAAUGGUAUUUCAUUGACAUCAAGUGGACCUCUGUCUGGAUCCAUUUCCUUAUCUUUAGUAUUCUCAAUACAAUCAAUCUGAUGCAGUUCACUUGGGAUGCCUUCAGAUGGCAAGGAAGACAAGCAGUCAUAAUCUAUAGUAAUAUUUUUGUAUACAGGGUUAUGCUGGACUAACCAGUGUAGAGCACAGCUCACUUUUUCCCGCCUUACUGUAAGAUCUUUAUAAGUAUUAUCUUUGCCUUUGACUGACACAACUAUCACAGGCAGCUCCCUCGGAUACCUUGGCAAUGAGUUAGCUAGCUCUUGAAUAUCUUGGGAAAAAUUAAUACAGUGCCCUUUGUAUGCCUUUUGCCCCCUGGUUUUGUAUAAACAGAUAUUACUGGAAAUACACGUGCUAUAAGCAUUUCUUCUAAUUGCGUGAGUCCCUGCAGUUCUUUUGGUGCUUGUGAAGGUAUCAUAUUAUUGUCAACUGAAAACUUUUUGUUGCAUUCUUGUCACGCAAACACCUAGAGCACACAUAUGUAGAUUCAUCUUUACAUUUUUCUGACAAUGGCCAUGCUUCAUGGCAGAUGUUGCAUUUAUAGAUUUUGAAUUUCAAAGAAUUAUGGAAAUCUCGCAUGUUUUUUUUAGCCCAUUCCUGUAAAUGAAUUGGUCCAUUUGUUUGACUAUCAAACAAAGACAAAUAUUUUUCCUUCUCCACAAAACAUUUAAAUACAUUUUGAUCUGCUUGCAUUUUAAAAUCACUGUUAACACUUUUUGCAUGAUUUUCCAUGAUGUCUGUAUUUUGUUUUUCUUCUCUAAUAAGUUUUGCUUGCAUUUUAAAAUCACCAUGAACACUUUUUGCAUGAUCUUCUUUCAUUACUGUAUUUUGUUCUUCUUCUCUUGAAAUUGUUUUGCUACCAGUUGCAACGUCUUUCUUUCUGUUGUUGUAUUCCUUCAUGUAUAUAUUUUGCUUUUAAAUCGUGUAGUAAGUUUCUCACUAUGAAAUUCAUUGUUUUUCUUUCUCCUUCUGUACUCUUUCAUGUAAGCAUUUUUCUUCUGUUUUAGGCCAAGUUGUUUUUCACUUUUUUCAUGAUUUUCCUUCAUGUUUGUAUUUUGUUUUUCUUCCGUUGCAAAUUUUUUUUGGUAUCAGUUUCAAUGUUUUUCUUUCUCCUGUUGUAUUCCCUCAUGUAUAUAUUUUGCUUUCCUUGUCUAGCAAGCGUCUCACUUUGAGAUUCAUUAUUUUUCUUUCUCCUUCUGUACUCUUUCAUGUAAGCAUUUUGCUUUUGUUUUUUGGCAAGUUGUUCUUCUGCAGUUUCAUUACUUUUUCUUUUCUUUCGAUAUUCUUUCAUGUAUGCAUUUUGUUUUGCUUGUGCAAUGUGUUUGUUUGAUGGCACUGUUAAAGUAUCAUUAAUGAGUACUUUUGGCACUGAAUGUCCUGUGAGGUAUUCUUGGGUGUACUUAGAUUGGUUCACAGCUGCAUGUGCAUUACCGCUAUCAAUGAAUGGAAUGGCAGACUUUUCAUAGACAGCAAAAUACCAGCCAUUGGCAUGGGCAAUCAAGAGGUUUUGAAAAGUGGAAUAUUGCUGAAUUGAUCUGCAGAUAUCAUCAAAAUACAACCAAUGUGUUCCUUUAUUUAUAGCGAUAGUAAAAUGUUGACUUGCAGAACGCACAACAGCUUUCAGUGAAUAAUAAUUUUCUAAAACGUCCAUAGUUAAAGGAAAUGUAAUUUGAUCAAUACAAUUGGAUGACAAUUCAAUAGUUAAAAAUGUGGGAAGUGUUACAAAAUGUCGCAAUGCAGAAACAUCACCACUGUGUUUUUGGCAAGAUUCACAAUAAAGAGCCCUACUGUGAGGAAGAACAGCUUCUGAAACAUGAUUUGCAAAUUGCGUGGAAAUGAUAUUUGGGCAGGUAAUGUAAAGAACAAAUAUACCUGUCUUAUAUAUGAUUUGGUUGCCACAUGAUGCGCAACACGACUGAUUGCAUUGCUGAACAACAAACAAUGACUUGAGGUCCUCACUUAACUCUCCGACAGUAUUCAAUGUAAAUAUGUCACUAAAAACAGCAUUGGCAGUCAUUGCAGAAAAUGAUGAACAAUGAUCUCUGAGCCAUAACCACACAGGUUCUCGCACAAUGUCAAUAGCCCCAAGGUUUUCUCUUUGAUUACAUGACUCAUAGAUAACGUCAAAAAACUCAUUUCGUGUAGUGCUAUGAAGAUGAUUACAAAAAACACCAUAACACAGCUCGAGAAAACAAUCAACUGCACAGGAAAAUUUACCUGCAUUGUUUAAACAAUAAUUACUGAAGUGAUCUCUACCAAAUGAAUAGCUGUUUUCCUCACACAUUUUUGCAGCUUCCAAGUUAUUUAUGUUUCCAUUUAAUAUGUGUGCUUCUUUAUUAGAAAUUGCAAAGGGAUUAAAACUACCAUUAGAAGGAUAAGGUAUACGUCUAGACAAAUAUCUUCCUCGGAAUCUGAAAAUGGUUACAUUUUGAUAUCCACGUGGAAAAUUGAAAUUAGUCUCACCACUAUGGCCCUGAUAAUGACUUACGACUAAUAACACACACAAUAGACGAAGCAUCAUAAAUUCUCGUGAGCUGUUACUUCAGUGCACGCGCUUCAGCAAGUGUACUUUGGACCUGAGCAGUUCUGAUUUCAAACGAAGCUAAGCACCCUACAAUUUUGGAAUAAAAAAACUAUCCAAACUGAUUUGCUAAGCUCCCUCAAGCUUGACUGAUAGUGGCUUCCCGGCAAACAGAGCUUAGACUGUUUUUCACUUUCGGACACGCUAAUGGAUAAGCAGAAAAAAGCGCACAACUAACAGCGACACGCCAUGUGACUCGUGUCUCGUUGGUCGAUCAAAAAUUGUAAUUUUGAGCACUGAGCACACUAGCUCGAUAAAAAGAGGCUUUAUACGCCCUCUGAUUGAGUUUAUAGUGAAUAUAUUCAAGUGGUUUUGUUUUUUGUUUCUUAAAUGGCACGCUGGCCGAUCUGGUCAAGACAAUUGACUGUUUUGGCAAGCUCGCCGUGACUGUGACACUGUCACUCGCCGUUUUCGAGCUGCUCUCGAUAACUGCCUCGCUGGGCGAUUUUAGCCUCGCUGGGCGAUUUUUCAGUCUGCUAGUUGCUAGAUUUGCGACCCCGGAUCCAAAAACACUUAAUUAAAAUGCACCCAAGAAGACAACGCUCACGAGUGAAUAAAAUCAAUAUUUCCACUCACCUUUUCCUGCCUGGUAAUUGAUCACCUCGCAAGUCGCACGAUGCCCAACACGAACAGGAGAUGCCGGGAUACACCAGAAAAUGCCCACGAGGUUAAUGUGGUCAUCUGAUGUUGGUCAUGUGGUCACCGGUCAUGAUCGUCCUGAUGUGAUUGGUUUAGAUUAAAAAAUACCACGAUGCCAUUGGCUAGCUCGAAAACAAUGACCGAUGAUGUCACUCUUACAUUACCUUAUGCUUACAUUUUGAUUCGAGAUUUUUUCUCCCUGUACCAAAACUAACUCGCGCGUCGGAUUUAUGAUGCUGCCGCCUCGUCACCCUCGCGUCCUCGCGAGGGUGACUCGUUGGCAAUUAUGAUAAUCGCCUCCAUUCAACUGUGGUACACUUUAGAUAAGAUAUUGUACUAAACAGCAUCGUCGUAUAAAAGAAAACUCUUCUUUAUAAGUAGCGGUUUUAAAUUGAGAGAUUUAAGGGGGAUCUCAAGGUUUACCACUUCUUGAACGUGAGAACAUGAAACUACGCAACAUGACAAAUAUUGAAUAGAAAAAUAAGAUAAACAUUGUGACUAGUUUCUAUAUAAAGUAAGUGGACAAAUCGCUAACAGAAUCAAUCAACUGGUCCCCAGAAUUUUGUUAUCUAUGUUUUCUCUCAGUUAUUUUUAAGUCUUGUCCUGGUUCCUGCCUGCAUGCAGACUCAAUAAAUUACAAUUUCCUUUAUUUCACAGACCGCAGCUGUGGUAUAUCUUUUCAUAAAAAAGGCCAACUUAAAAGCCCGAAAAAUCAGUGGGACUCUCCAAAAGAAACUGAAAAAGAUAACAUGAGUUUUCUUGGUUGGAAUUCACUUUAUCCAACGGUAUUUUUGUCUUCUUAUCUUUUGUUAAUGGCGGGGACAUUCCUUACGCGUCUAAACUGUUUUUCUUUUUAGCUCAGUAGGACAUAUUCUCCACAUGACGUAAAGACUAUCGUAGUUACUAAAACAUGGAACGACCUAAAACCACCUAAAACCAUCUAAAACUAUCUACAACCAUCUACAACCACCUCCAACCACCUCAAAAAAUUCAACAACCACCUACAACCAUCUACAACCACCUCAAAAACAUCUACAACCACUCGCAAAUAAUCUAAAACCAUCUAAAACAAGGUAUAAAUGUCUGAAAUAAGGCGAGACGACAACAUGUCACGUAUAUGAAAUACGAGAAUCGAACAAAACAUCCACUUCCCCCAUGAUAUAUCAUUUUCACCAGUCUCUUUUUUUAGUUCGUUCAAUCUUAGCCUCCGAGCCCGGCCCACACUUUUCUCUUACUAAAACCGAUUUUUAGUCCUAGGACCCCCGAGAGAAAUGUAACGUCACGUUGCCAUGGUAGCAAAAUUUCUGGAUCUCAAUAAUCUUUUUGUCAAACAAUGGAAGAAAAUUAUGGGCUACCGUCUUGUUCCUGAGAGCAAUCAUGGACAGGAAAGUCCUACUUGUCAUUUUUUUCGUCUUUUUUUUCUGUCAUAUUUGCAAAGCCACGGUUUGUUGAGAUCCAGAAAUUUUGCUUCCAUGGCAACGUGACGAAACGACUUCUCUCUAGCUCUAUAAAGUGUUUUCACAUGACGUCACGGCGGCCAUAUUGGUGUCCCCAAACAAUGAAACGGCGGCCAUGUUGGUGUCCCAAACAAAUCCUGUGGGAGUCGCACUCUUUUCUUAUGCAAACGCUUUCUUUUGUUUCAAUGAACUUGCAUAGAUGCUGGCCACGUGAGUGAAAACGCUAUAUUAUAACAAAUUAAUACAAAAGGACUAUAAGAUCGAGGACUGCGACUUACGGCGACGACAACGGCAGCGAGGGUUAAAACAACAGCUUUGCACGUGCAGCACACUUUUUGGUACAUUUCUUUUUGCUACGACGUGAAAUUUCCUAAUUUCACGUUUUAUCGAUAUCGUAAACAUACCCAGAUGAAUCUCUUCUUCUCUUCCUGAACCUGGACAUUUUUCUUAGGAAUUCAACCGCAGAAGAGUUCGCCUUCAUUUAGCAAAGUGAGCGAGUUGUGAUAAUCGCGCUGAAGUUUUGGAAAGGAAGAGGCUUUCCUUUCGCGCUUUUCUUCCCCCCUUCCUUUUUUUUUUUUUACGCCUACCAUCACAACGUGCGGGCUAUCAGAGAGAUGCCUAACAGAGACCACAAUCAAGAACUUUCCUGUUUUUGAAAGUACCGGCCUUCCCAGGAACAGAGGUUCCUCACCAUUCUCGUCCCCACGACCUUUUAAGACUGUGCACCAUUUUCGAACCUAGAGCUCUUUAUUGCGCAUGCGCAGUCAAAAGCGUGAGCUCAGAGGUCGAGAUUGACUGUGCACGCGAACCGUGUGGUCUGGUACAUGCACGUAAGCGUACCUUCAAAGCACUAUAAUGAAUGUUUCAAAAAGCCUCCAGUUAUUUGCGUUACAUUUUCAGGUCAGUGUUAAAUGUCAAGUGCGUCAUUUUGGGUAAGACAUAAAAUGAACAUGUUCCGCCCUACCUUAGACUACGAGUAGUCCCCCAUUUUUCCUCAAGGAUAGUAGAGCGAGCGAAACGCGAGUGCGCGUGAAAAUCACCCCACGCGAGAAAAGGCGACACGCGGUGGGGAGAGAGAAAAAUGAGGGACUACAGACAAAGCCCAAGCUUUUGACCCUUCACGGCCGACUGAUUUUGGAGUGUGAAGUUCGUAUCCCCUUCCAAAUCAAUUAAGCGCAUCCAAUGGGAUUCCUUCCCUUAUUGAGCUGUCAUUGCUCUUGUCAUCGGUAAACUGCGGCGGGAUAUUUAUUGCAAGAAAAAGAAAACCCAGAUACUAAUUUUCGAUCUUCACGGCUGUUCGUGUGAAGAACUUGAUAGUGUAGGCAACACACGACUUUUACUCAUGCCAAAAUGCUGCUUGUUCCAAAGAAUUUUUUUUCUCUGACGGGUAGAUUAUGCUCUGGAGGAAAACGUUUUGACUGAGCAAAUGUGAUUUUUGCCGCUUAUUUCAUACUGAGAGGUCGUGACACGCAUGUUAAUUUUCUGCGGUUAUUGUUUAUGGUCGUCAUGAUUUGCCCUCUGAUUCAAGAGCAUUUCCUUUGACCUCUUUUGAAAAGUAAAGCUCUUCAAUGCGGCUAAAUAAGGGAAUUUUAAGCGAUUUUCUUUUUGGCCGUGAAUGUGACGGUUUCCUGCAAUGUUUUGUCACGCUGGGACCAGCUCGUUAGCGUUUUUAGCAGGACGGAUAGUGAUAUCCAAAUCUCGAAGAAUGGAUUCCAGCUUAAACUAAAACUACGUUAACUAUGGAGAACUGCGAUGAGACUCAGUCAUGACUGCUCAUGAAUUUUGGACUGGAGUGUUUGGACUGGAGCACGUAGUUCCUCCCUUGGUGAUAACUUUUGAAUUAACUUAACAGCCUUGCGACUGUUCUGUUAUUCCCCCUUUGUGAUCAGGCAAGACCAUGGUUUCGGUUCUCCACACGAACCUCAUCAAUAGCCGGGUUGGUUUUCUGCUUAGUUGCUUCUACAAGAGCAACUCUAGUUAUUUGUUUUGUGCUGUUAUUUGUUCUGCUCUAGUUAUUUGUUCUGUAAAUUGUGAUUAUGUCUAGUUCUUUGUUCUGUAAAUUGUGAUUAUGUCGAGUGUUGAUAGCGGCUGGCGCGUUUUUGACAGAUGUUGACAGAUUUCCAUGGAAGGGCCAAUCAGAGUUUUGCGUUGUGAGAGCAACGCAUUAGUUCAAAAGCUCAUUUUUCUCUUUCCCCGCCGCGUGUCGCCGUUUCUCGCGUGGGGUGAUUUUCACGCGCACUCGCGUUUCGCUCCCUCUACUAUCCUUGAGGAAAAAUGGGGGACUACUCGUAGUCUAGCCCUACCUAAGCACAUCGCUUGACUAAAAAAAUGUGGGUUGGAGACAAUUUUUAGGUGGUCAUAUUUAGCCAGAGGCAACAGCCGGCAUUUCGCGACGCCACCACUGGUUUUUCCGCCAAAUGACGUCUGAGAAACGAGCGCAGAAAUUCCAUACUGAUGACGUAUCACUACUGGCCAGAUCUGGGUAGUGCUUCUCAUUAGUUGUGCUGCGUGGGAAAUUUGCCCCAACCAAUCAGAAGCACUACUCAGAUCUGGGUAGUGACAGUUUGGACUUUCUGCCCUCGUUUCUCAGACGUCAUUUCGCGGGGAAACCAGUGGUUCCCUGGCGUCGCGAAAUAUCGGCUGUUUUCUCGGGCUAGUUAAAAUUCCGCUUCAAGUUUUAUGUUCUAUUGGCGGUGGCUCUGUUCCCUAACAGGUCUCUUAUUUGUUUUUUCACGAUUCACCAAUGUACUGAGGUAACGCAAGACUGGCUUGAGACGACACAUCAUGAGAUGGGCCACGUCUACUACUUCAUGUCAUUCUGGCACCAACCGUACAUAUACCGUGACAGUGCUAACCCAGCUUUCCAUGAGGCUGUAGGUGACACCAUGUCUCUUUCUGUAUCAACACCUCAGCAUCUCGCUAAGAUCGGUUUGCUGGAGGACUUCAAACCCAAUGAAGGUAAGUCUGCUAGGGUACCGCAAUCUGACGCUUUUCUGACCACUUUUUAACCCCUCAGUGAUAGGCCCAUCCACCUGUAAACAAACAAAUACAUCUCCCCCCCCCCCCCGAUAUAAGCUCCCCUCCAAUCGCACUGAAAUGAAUAUGAUUUAUUAUGACGUUUUUUGGUCAGCAAAACGUAUUUCGGUCAGCAGUGCUAUUGCUUGUUUUGAAGUUCUUUUUCUAUUUCAGUUAUAAGCCCCUCCGUUUAUAGGCCCUUCCAAAAACCCCUUACGAAGAUGUGUAAACCCAGCAGGGCUUGUGAGCGGCAAUUUCGGGUAUCCUUUCCCACCAAGGACGUAAAUCCUACCGUAAAUCCUCUAAACCUUCCCUCUUAAAUGAUUCCCCUCUCUCUUAUAAGCCUUCCCUUCCUUUUCAGGGGACAAAAGUUAUUACCAUCCCCCUCUCCUUUUAGCCGUUCUUCUCCCUCCCCCCCCCGCCACCUUUAUUAGGGAGUCUAUCUUAACAGUAAUAGAGGACUUACGGUACUAAAUACUAACACAAACUGAGAGAGACAACGCUUGCUUCAUACGCCACUUGCACAUCUCUCACAAUGAAACCUUAUUUGCCCCCAAAAAUUUUGCAUGAGCAUUGUUUUCAAUUUUUCUUGGGACGGCUAUAAUACCCAGGAGAAAUGAAAAACAAAGGUUAUGCAAAUAAGGUGCAUUAUGGGAGAUGUGCAAGUUAUUGACGUAUAGAGGUAUCGUAAUUGCUUAAAUUUGGGCCCUGGGCGCUGAUGUUGUCGUUCAGAAUUUCGACCUCUCGAUGACAUUUUCUUUGAUUCAAAUGAACAAAAACUGUUAAACUAAAAAUGGAAAACUGAAACGUUUUUUACAGGAACCCGAAAGAAAGGUUGAAAGGUCUGAGUAGUGACACGCCAAUUCACGGGCAAACCAGAGAUGGUGUCGCGAAAUGUUGGCUGUUUUUCUUAGGCUACCUGUAGCUCUAAUAUACAGUCUGUAAUCAAUACUUGUAUUUUCGCACCUAGGUCUUGAGAUCAACUCUUUGAUGAAAUUGGCGUUAGACUAUAUUGCCUUUUUGCCGUUCGGAUACCUUGUGGAUCAAUGGCGUUGGAACGUAUUUCAGGGGAAAACAAAACCUAACAUGUACAACAGUGCCUGGUGGAGACUGAGAACUAGGUACCAGGGCAUCAAAGCCCCACAGGACAGAAGCGAGAGCAAUUUUGAUCCGGGUGCCAAAUUUCAUGUAGCAAAUGACGUUCCCUACAUCAGGUGCGUGAUUGUUUUUGUGAUCACUAUCACUGCUUUGGAUCACUAUAACGAACCGAAGGCUAGAACGCGCUCUUUUGGGGUAGGAUAAAUGGCGUACGAAGUACAGACAACUUUAGAAUAUUGUGCUCUAAAACAUAGGCACUCAACUAUUAUUGCAUCACCAGCAGUUUACUACAUACUCCAUACUCAAAAUAAGGAGGGGAACAACGCUCGGACCGGAGUCACGCAGUGGGAGUAGAGAGCAUUGUGUGACUCCGGCCUGAAGGGCUUUGCAGGACGUUAGAGAACAACUGAAUCCCACGUAAUGCAAAACUCAUCCAAAGUUUUGAUUUCUUGUUAGGUACUUUAUCAGCAGAGUUCUGCAGUUUCAGUUCCACAAAGCGGCCUGUAAAGCAGCAGGCUUUAAGGGCCCUCUUCACCGAUGUUCCAUAUACCAGUCUACUGAAGCUGGAGAGAAGAUCGGGUAAGGACUGGCCGUGAUACUUAAACAGAUUGAAAAUGUUUUAGGUCAACUGGAAGAGUACUGUUAGAGCGGUUUUCACUUGACUGUCGAAAGGGAUUGGUUUUGGUUUUGGUUUUACUACGCCCUUUGGUUGGCGAGUGUAUUUACUUUGGUUUUGGUUUUACGUCAGUCAAGUGAAAACCGCUCUAUAAUGUCCUUAGUAAGUCUUGAUCUACAGUCUAAUUCUCCCUUGCUUCCCAAGCAAAAUAUAUGGCAAUUUGAUGGAGGAACCACAAUCCUGGUCGAAACGUUUGGGACACUUUGUGUUUCAGGUGACGAAAAUGCAAUUCAAUUCGCCCCCUCUCCCCACCCCCCUGGUUAGUGUUGGGUGUUUACAAGUCAAUCACCUUUUACCUAUCUUGCACAGGUUAAGGACCCCAACUUUGUUUGGGGGGGCGGUGGGGAUAAAUCCUGUUAAGGCAGUGUUUUUGAGUGUGUAUUGCCGGUUAGCUGCAAAUUCCAUACAAAAAUACGUGAAAAAGGGGAGGUCUCCCAGAAAGUUUUGGCCAGGGUUGUAGCAGUACAUAUCAGAAGCCACUUUGGGCUUUCGAGGUGAGGAUUCGAGACGUCCUAAGAGCUCUCCCUUGCCCGUGAGUUGAAAUAGAACGAUUUUAGACAGCCUCGAUCCCAGGAUCUGCUUUGAUGGAAAGAGGAAAGAUGUCCUGGGAACGACUUUGAGUGAGAGAGAGAGGGAGUGAAGUCUAGUUCAAGAGCCUACUGUAGGUUUGUACCACGAAAUUUCGCGUUGGGUUUCAUCUUGAAGUUCUCUUUUCUUCUAAUUAUUCAGGGAAAUGCUGAAAUUAGGUAGAAGCAAGUCGUGGCCAGAAGCUCUUGAAAAACUCACCAACAAGAGAUCUAUGGAUGUUGGUCCCAUGAAAGAGUAUUUCUGGCCUCUGUACUUGUGGCUAAGAAAGCAAAGAUGUUCUUCCAACUAUACCAUUGGAUGGCCCGAAAAUCCCGCUCCUAAAGACGAUCCAUGUAUAGUGCCAACAACUCUACCCAACACCGACUCACACAAUACACAGUCGUAUGAGCAGGCACGCGGGAAAGCGCAUGCACUCGUUUUGAACACCGCUGGCAAGUUCGUGACGGCUGUUUCCUGGAUGUUGUUAUGUUGGAAGGUGAUCAUAGGUAUGUUAUGAGGUACUGUGGGUCAAGAACCUGAUAAAACAAUAUAUUUACGAUAUGCAGACCUGGCUCCUCCGGCUUUGUUGGUAGCUGUGUUGAAAAUUACGAUAAUUAAUGUUUAAUGAAUUGCUGCCGGACUUGGUAUAACGAUUGACGGCGUGAGCGGUAAAUGGAUUACGUCAACCUGUUUGCAAGCUAAAACUUGUCUGCGCACGUGUCAGUUGAAUUCCAAGUUUUGUUGUUUAAGACUAAGUUUAGGCAUUAAAACUGUUUCCUGUCGUCUGUUGUAACGGAUGGCAAUUAUGGACAUUGAUUGAAACUUCUCAAAGUCGUUAAUAAUUCAUAAAAAAUACGUAAUAUAAAAUAUGGUUAUUGAGUGUUUGGAAAUCAGAUGAAAAACAUCUCAUUUUGCAUCUUUAGUUUCUCCUUCUAAAAUCAUUUUGUUUUAGAAGUAAUAUCAAGCAUUCGACAGAGUGUUUCAUUACCAGAUAAAACACCUCUAAGUUCGUCAAAAGUACUCCGCUGCGCGGAGUCUUUCAUCUGGGAAAGACACACUGCGUCUCGUGCUUGAUAUAUUACUUGAAAAAACUGCCUUUAAAAAUCCCCUCCGCCAUAUUAUCAUGGCUAGUGCUCUCUGACGGAACUCUUUGGAUAUCCUCUACUUAGCUCUACAGGUCCAUUUUUUGUGUGGUUAAAGGCAUUAAGUAAUGCUUCAAGCAGACAAUUGACCUAAAACAGUAAUAUUUUCGUGACAUAGCCUCUUUUAAUAAGCUCUACUCGACGC